CCUCUCCACGCUUCUGACCUGCAGUCAAACCAGCGGGACACUUUGUCAAGAAAGAAGCGCUCCAUGAAGAAAUCCAGCACACUGUUGUUCUCUUCAGAAACUAACCACAUCUCGUUGUCCCGCUCUUGCCGACGCUUGUCUGUGAGCACUCACAGGGAUUAACGGGGGGGGACUAAAGAGGGAUGGAGCAAUCCCGUUAAAGUUGAAGGCAGGAGAGGUCUAUCUGUCUGCGUGUCUGUCUGUCGGCGGCAGGCAGAGCGGCUCCUCCGGUGUUCCUCCGGUGCUUCAAACACGCUGAGUGAGCGGCCGUGCCCGCCUCGGUGGAGAUGGGCUGCGGCUUGCGGAAACUGGAAGACCCGGAGGACAGCAGCCCCGGGAAAAUCUACUCCACCUUGAAGAGACCACAAGUUGAGAGCAAAACGGAUACUGUGUACGAGUAUGUGCUGCUCGACUUCAGUUUGGAAGGCAGCCGUCCCACCGUGCAGUAUGUGGCUUCACUUUCCGAGCUGCCCCAGGCCCUGCUGCCGUACUACACACAAGGCUACGUCCUGGCUGCCUUGCACCCCAUCAUCCUGUCUGUGGGCCGAACCCGCUCACUGCCCUUCAGCCUGCUGUACCGCGCCAUCCUGGCCCGUCCCAGACCCAGUAAGCAGACGGCGUCCAUGUGUCACAGUGUGCCAGUGUUGAGGGUGGAGGAGUGGCCAUUACCUGGAGAGUCACUGACGGGCGACACGGUCAGAGCGCUCAUCGACAGGGUGAACAGCAGCGCCCGCGGGGGCGUUCGGUUUAUUGGCUCGGUCCUUCAGCAGGUGAGCGGGAUCACCAAUGGUAGGGUGCACAGUCCGAAGAGAAGCUGCCGCUCCCCUCCACGAACCCCUCCUGGAACGCCUCCUGGAGACAGAGAGCUGGAGGAAAACACCUACAGUCCUGACUUGAGGUUGCUGGUCUUCUUUCACUCCUGGGCUCCAGGCUGCGCUCCUCUGGACUCACUGGCCUGUCAGUACCACCAGGGGGCGCUCUCCAUGCGCGUUUCCAGGAAGGGCCAGGUUGUCAGCGCCCUGGAAGCUGAUUGGCUGGAGCUGACUGCCGCCUACUACCGCAAAGGCUGGUCAUUGGUGGACUCCUUUGUCUACUGGGACACACCUAAAGGCGAGCCGGUUCCCAGAUCACUGGAGGGAUUGUUUGUGUAUGAGGAGAGGAGCACCUCUCCUCCUGCCAAUGACACCAUCGUCGUCGAGCAGUGGACUGUCAUCGAGGGCUCAAAUGUGAAGACAGACUAUGGGCCACUGCUUCACACUCUGGCUGAGUUUGGUUGGCUGCUCACCUGUGUGCUGCCCACUCCCAUCAUCCGACACGACAGUGAUGGGAACCUGGCCACUAAGCAGGUAGUGUUUCUCCAGAGGCCAGUCAGAAGUCAGGCAGCAGGACAACAGAGGAACCAGGUGCAGUUCAGGGGCGACGUGAAAGAGUCGGAGUUGUUCAUUACAAACGUCAGGACCGUGACUGGAGUACUUAAUGAAACACAAGGCUUUGUCCACACACAGCGAAGUGUCCAGUCGCUCUGUAAGCCGUGCGGUCAGCAGCCCCGUCCCUCAGGACGAGCUGUCUCCAACUGCUGGAGGCAUCGGGGGCUUCCCGGUGUUUGGAGGGGGGUACCCCGGCGCCCUGUCUCACCUGGAGGAAGGUGGCUUUGAGCAGGAAGAGGGAAAAGCUGAAGUCACCUGUAUGUAAGCAGGGGAAAAACAGGGAUGCAGUCUCUCCCUGAUCCAGGUUGAGGAUUUCAGCAUUGCUGGGUUACUGACAAGAACAUUUAAGUGAGCCAAUUCACUGGCCAUCACGUUCAUGACCCCAUUCCUUUUAACAGACUUUAAAGUAGAAGAACUUGGCACUUUUUUAAAAAAAAUGUUGUUUUUUUUGUUUUUUUUAAUGAAGCCAUAAUGAGAAUGAGGUAUUAUUUAGAAGUGGAUCUGUGUCCAAACUUUUCUACAGAUUAGUUGGCAAGAGAAAAACUAGUCACACUUCACACAUAUUUAAAUCCAUUUUUAGGGGAUUUCCAACCUCUGAUCAGUUCAGGUGCUUAUAGAAAAUGGUUAAAGUCCUAAAAAAAAAAAGCACAAACACUUGCACAGAUUUCUGCACAUUAUGGAAACAGCACCGGUGGUGAAAUGAGGGAAAGAGGUUCUGUUUGCUUUUCGAUCCAGCUGUCGUCUUAGCCACUUUGAUUUGCAUUCCUUCAGAGCUUAACAUGUUUUUGUUUCUCUCCAAGAUGCUUGAACACCCUCACAUCAGCUUCCCCUUUACACUCCGGCUGUGUCAGAGUGACACAGUGACACAGGUCAGGUGCUGCUUUGUCCCUGCAGCUUCUCUCUGAAGCACGAUCAUCCAGACGACCGUCACAGUUUCUGUGUACAUUGGUACUGACAAUAUGCCGGCUGACCUGAGUGAAGGUGCUGGCUGCCUAAGACAGUACAUGCAGAUUACAGUAUUUUUUUUGGGUGGGGGGGGGGUCUUGAGGAUUUAGUUCUUUGGAAUUACAGGUGCACUGAGUAACAGUAUUGCAAACUGGAGACGUUAUUUGCACCAUUUCAUAUCAGCGCGUUCCCUUGAUGUCAUAAACAUUCUGGUAAUGCAUAUGGCUUAUCAUGCAUAUCUGCCACAAUGUCACUGUACUUAUCUUCUUAAGUCAAAAAUGCUGCUUUACAGCUUACAAGGUACUGGCAAUACACAGCUCUCUCUGUAAUGGAUGACGUUCUUCAAAAACAAACAACUUAUUACACUAAAACAACGACAACUGUAUUUUUUAGGGGAAAAAAGGUGUAGGUGUUAGGAAGUACCACUGCACAGGUGUUACAAUGUUUGAUCGAGUCCUUGGCGGCUGUGGAAUGAGCUGCGUGAAGACAGAAUGUUGGUUGGAGAAAAAGUGAAAAAAGUCUGAAAAAUGUCUGGAGGUACGGAGUUAGAAAGACAAAGCUGACUGAAGUGUCAGCGGUUGAGUUGCAUUGUGGGUAAUGAAGGCAACAGGUUUUGACAAGGAAGAGCUUUUCAAAUGAAAGAUACUUCUAGUUCUGUAUCGAUUUUGAUACUUUUUUUUUUUAAAAAAGAAGAGAUGUCCAUCCUCAGUCUGACAGUGUUAUACAGAGGAGAAUUUGUGAUAAAUCUGUGGAGUACUCUUAAUUCUAUGAACGGGACGCAGUUGCUUUUCAAGGAGGACACUGUUCCCUCAAAUAUUAUCUUAGAUGUUAGUAUUUGUAAUUGUAAUUUCAUCUAAUUGUGAUGCAUGUUGUUUUGCUUUCGGGGGGAUAAGGGAUCGGCUGCACAUAAAGUGUAGUUCAGGUAUUCAGUGAUGUACACACCGCCCAGGUUUGACUCAGACACAUUUUAAAUGGAUACAUUGAGCUAAACAAACUUCCCAUCAGGGUUUACCAAAUGUCAGUAUUAUUCCUGCCUUUCCUUCUUGGAGAUUUGUACAUUUUGCCUCCUUUAUCAGUGGUUUUUUUUAUAUAUUGUAUUAAACAUUUAUUUCCCAUG